AUGUUCCCCUCCGCUGGGGCCAUCAGCCAACCCCGUGCCUUUGAAAUACCGCUGGCGCCACAUCGCGAUUCAUUCUACACCCCUGACGAUGACGGCUGGCUAUCGCAACCUCCGGGGUCUAUCCUCAAAUCACGGCAAGUGACGAUCGGUUCAGCCCUGACUCCCCCACCCGGUCUUGCUUCAGCACACCAGCUGCUCUACCGCACCACCGAUGUCCACGAAUCGCCCAGCUACGCAGUGACAACCAUCAUGAUCCCAUUCGGUGCCAAACUGGAUCGCUUUCUCGUCUUCCUGACGGGAUACGAUUCGGUUUUGAAUGACUGCUCACCGUCCUACGGGCUUCAACUCGGCGCCUCGACCAAUGCAAGCGAAUCGGUCGUCGAGAUGCAAGUUGCGAUGCUGUACUACAUUAGGAAGGGAAUUCCUCUUGUCGUACCCGAUUUUCUCCAACACACCGCCGCAUUUAUAGUCAACCCGAACGCGGCAUAUGCCGUGCUAGACUCCAUGCGUGCCGUGCUCCGCUCGACGCACAUCACGGGCUUAUCGGACACUGCAACCAUCGCCAUGCAAGGAUAUUCGCAGGGAGGCGCGGCGGCGGAAUGGGCAGGAGAGUUUCACCGUGCAUACGCACCAGAGGUCCAGAUCGCUGGGGCAGCCAUCGGGGGGUUGCCAACCAAUAUAUCUAAGGCCUUCCUUGCCGCCGAGAAAAACAUCUAUGCAGGAAUCGCCGCUGGAAUGAGUGCCGGGCUCAGCAAUAUCUUCCCCGCCUUUGCCGCUUAUGUUGACCAACAUCUCCUACCGGAGUAUAAGCCGCUGUAUGAGAUUGUGUAUAAAGAAUGUAUUGUUGACUUUUAUAAGCCAGUGUACGGAUUCCUUUCCCGGCUCUUUCUUCAAAAUAUAACAUCAUGGUACGACAACGGUCAAGGCAUUAUCAGUGAUAACUUGGAGUUGUUGGAUGAGAUCGGCACGGCAGGACUACAUGGCAUCCCGGACUUUCCCAUGUUCAUGUGGAAGGGCACGGCGGAUGAGAUAGCGGUGAAUAUCGAGGAUCACGAUGCAUUGGUGCAGAAGUAUUGCGAUGCGGGCGUCUCGAUUCAAUAUCUGCGGAUUGUCAAGGGGCUUCACGGGACUUCUGGUCUCCCAGGCCAGCCCGGGGCUCGAGAGUUCAUUAUGAACGUCUUCGAGGGAGACACCCCCACAGAAUGCACCACGGAGGAUAAAUUUGGGUUGAUAGAGACGUGA